ACACUGAGAAAGAAGAAGAAGGUAGCUAUGACAACAAAACAAGUUGUUUCCGAUAAAUCCUUCACUUUUCACCGGCCGCAUUGCGAGUAUUAGCAUACAAUAGUGUCAGACAAAUAAGAUCCUCGGAAUGGACAAGCCCCAGCUGAUCGAGCACCUCCACGAGGCUGUCAACUACACAGUGUACGACACCAAAUGGGUGCCUCUUUCCGCCAAGUUUGUGGUGCUCGGCUCCAAGGCCAACGGGCAUGGAAUCAUGGACAUCUACGAACUCAACCAGGACAAGCUGGUGAAGGUUAAGUCCGUGGAGAAGAAGGUGGCUUUCAAGUGUGGCACCUUCGGGGCAGCUUCGCUGAGAAAUCGCCACAUGGCCAUCGGGGAUUUCGAGGGCAGGCUGCAAGUUUUGGACAUGGAGCAACCAGAUCUGCCGGUCUACAAUGUGAAGGCCCACAGUGGCAUCAUCAACACCAUCGACGCAAUUGGUGGAACUCAGAUCGAUUGUGGAGCCCCGGAAAUCGUUACUGGCAGUCGGGAUGGCGCCGUAAAGGUCUGGGACAUCCGCCAGGGGCAGGCUCCUGUGGUGGACAUGUCGCCGCCCCCGCAAAUGGGAGAUGGCGUUAACCAGAGUAGUGCUCGCCGGGACUGCUGGGCCGUGGCCUUCGGAAAUACCUACAAUGCCGAGGAGCGCAUCGUUGCUGCUGGUUAUGACAACGGAGACCUGAAGAUAUUCGAUCUACGUUCCCUUUCCGUGCGCUGGGAGGCCACCAUGAAGAAUGGAAUUUGCGGCUUAGAGUUCGAUCGCCGGGACAUUCCUAUGAACAAGCUGGCUGUGACCACUUUGGAGGGCGGACUCCUCGUCUACGACAUGAGAACCCAGCACCCGACCAAGGGAUUUAGCUAUGUGGAGGAGCGCAACGCUGGACGGAGCGUAGGCACAAAUGGCGUGAUCAGCGGACCAAAAGCCACUGUGUGGAUUGUGCGUCAUUUGCCCCAAAACAGGGAUAUCUUUCUCACGGGCGGCGGAACUGGCUCGAUCCGCCUGUGGAAGUACGAGUAUCCCGACAGGAGGGUCGUUGAUGAUUCGGAUGGAAACAAGCUGGGAGUGGCCGGAGCGCUGAACAUGGUCAGUGCAGCUACUUUGAGCAGUCAACCGGUUCACUGCUUCGACUGGCAUCCGGAUAAACUGGGCCUGGCCGUCUGUGGAGCCUUUGAUCAGAGUGUUCGCGUUUUGAUCACCACCAAAUUGAACACUUAUUAACUGAAAAUCUAAAAGAAGAAACCAAGAAACGCCUCAUACAUGUGAUAUGGGAUCAUGGGUAAAAGCUUAGGUUUAUAUUUUUAUGAAUAUCAUAGAGAAUUUUAUUGCAUCCUUUGCGAAUGUAUAAACUCCAACAGAAUGUCCUCAAUGCUUCAACGCUAUUUAUUCACAUAAACAGCUUGACCUGAAUUAAAUUACAAAUCAAAACUAGCACAUACAAAUAUAGGUAGACUUCAAAAUGAACACAAUAAAUGUCCUUUAUCAAAUAAAA